AUGGCAUCAUCACCCUCCCUGCCAACUCCUUGUCCCCAAUCCAAAAAGCGCAUGGGCAGGAUGGCUGAGUGGUUCAGACAGGCUCUGCUGAAGAAACCCAAGAAGCUGCCCAUCUCUGCAGAUGGCACUCCCAGUGACGUGGCUCAGCCCACCUCACAGGGUAGCUCCCAGUCCCCGAGCCUCCACUCAGUCCAGUCUCCCACCUCCUUACAAACAGCCAUGGACACCAGCAGCAGCCGCUGGAGCAAAGACUAUGACGUAUGUGUGUGCCACAGUGAGGAGGACCUAGCAGCUGCCCAAGACCUGGUAUCCUACCUGGAGGGUAGCGCUGCCAGUCUGCGUUGCUUCCUGCAGCUUCGAGAUGCGGCCCCCGGUGGCGCCAUCGUGUCCGAGCUGUGCCAGGCGCUGACCAGCAGCCACUGCCGUGUGCUGCUCAUCACCCCCGGCUUCCUGCAGGACCCCUGGUGCAAGUACCAGAUGCUACAGGCCCUAAGUGAGGCUCCGACUGCAGAGGGCUGCACGAUCCCACUGCUCUUGGGCCUGACACGGGCCUCCUACCCCCCUGAGCUCCGUUUCAUGUACUAUGUGGACAGCCAGGGUCCGGAUGGUGGCUUUCGCCAGGUCAAGAAUGCUGUCAUACGUUAUCUGCAGACACUCAGCUGACACUUCUUACACUGUGGGAUCCAGAAAGUUGGAAUAAAGCUGGAAUAA